ACCACGCAGAAAUCUUGCGAGGGUGAAGGGAAUAUUCGGUAGACUUAGACCUACUUUGUUUAAAAACAAAGAGCAUUGCAAGGUUUAUAGAAGGUGCAGAUAUAUAUUUACGCUUCUGUAGAAAUUAAAAAUAAUACGGAUGGCACUGAAGACUAACAUAAAGCGGUCAAGGUAUGAUCAUGUGACUGUUUAAAAUGGCGGCGCCCAGGCAAAAACGUGUGGUUGGUUGGUUGAACAGGUCUGAGUGGGAAAGAGUGUACCAUGGACUAUACAGUAAUGAAGUGAGAAAACAACAGCAGGCCAUACAGAGGGUAGCUGUGUGGAAAAACAGAAUGUUACAUAGACUGCCUGUUGCUGUGGAAUGUACUGCUGCACUAGUUGAGGCUUGUCUGGAUCACAAGGCUGCUGUCCAGAAGGGACCACAUUUACCAAAUCAUACCAAAUUCCAGCAUAACUUUGCAAUGGCCUUGAUAAGGUUUGUGAAUUUGAUGACUGAAAAUAAUCAAAACAAGCAAUAUGCACAGCCAGUGCACAUCUUAGCAGAAGAGCUUGCUAUACCACAGUGGCUAGUGGAAUUGAGGCAUGAAUCAUCUCACACUUCAAUGCCAUCUCUAAACUUACUAAAGUCUGGGGCAAAGUUGGCACUUAAUUGGUUAAAAAGGGAAUACUGGGAACCACAGAACUUGCAGGAUUCAAGUGAUAGUGAAGAUGACACCUGUGACCCAAUUAUAGAAGACAAGUUCAAAGAUUUAGUAUAUGCUUUUCAGCAAGAGCAAUUUAAGCUUCUCAGUGAAUUCAAGCAGCCAAGUAAAGCAGACAAGAAGGAAUUACAAAGUAUAUUGGAUGAUCUCGAAAAAACUGCUUUAGGGCAAAGGAAUAAAGCAAUUAGCUGGUUAUGUGAAGAAGGCUAUUUCAUAUCAACUAGUGAACAGCUUGAUGCACUGGGGAUCUGUGUGGAAGAUUUCAUAACAGCUGACAAUUUGGAUAUUCCCCAUGAAUUACUCAAAUUUUGGAAGCCUGUGCUGAAGCGUCUUCACCAUCUUCAGAUGACAGUCUCACUUGUUCAGCAUUUGCUAGGCCAGGUUACUGAUGGAUCAAGCCUAAGGAACAAGCUUUUGACAGGCUGGGUUUUUACCAUAAUCAUGGCAAAUAGUGGCCUGCAGCCAGAUGGCGUGUUAUAUAGAACCCCAUGCUCUCUCCCUUGGAAAGAAAUGUUGGACAUGUGCAUAGAAACUCCUUCAAAGUGGAUGCUUAUGCUGAUACAUGUGAUAUUGGAAUAUUUAAAACCAGCUCUUACACCUAGACAAGUUGAACAACUACUGUAUUUAACAUUAGUCUACCAAAGACAACAAAAACAGCCAUUUUCCAGCAAAGUAUCUGAAGAAACUGGGCUGCUAGCAGUCCAUAACCUGGGAGAUAUAGUAGGAAGUACUAAAACUGAGGAACAGGAACCAGGUCAGUUAAAAGAAGAGAAUUCAGUAUGGAAGCUUUGUACAGAGCCAAUUGAUUGGGCCGAGAUUCCUAUUGGUGUUCUUCCAUCACAAGAUUUCGAGUAUGACUACCUACAGUUACCAGAUGAUGUCACUUGUGAAAUGAGCAAAGAAGUUAACAGAGAGGAGAGUACAACCUGUGAUUCAGUGAUUACUGAAAAUGGACUAGAUUGGACUGUAAAGGAAAUGCAGAAAAUCCAAGAAGAGAUUAGCUUUUUCUAAAACUCAAAAGACCUAGUGUUUAAUGAAUAUUAUUUUAUCCAUCAGCAGUAAGAAAAUGAAGAAAAAACUUUUUAAAGGCCACAGUGCUCAAAUUUUUCCCAUAACAAAGAAUUUGAUCAAAAUCUGCUUUUACUGUUCCAGCUAAAGCAACUGAGAUAAAAUAAAGCAUAUUCAACUUAUUAAUGUGUUGUCUUUUCAUUAUUGUGAAAUAUGUGAAGAUUCUUGAU